GCCCUCCGGGUGGGCAAAGAGUCGGCACCCCAUCUGACCGACGCUAAUCUGGCGAUCACUAUAUUUGACCUGUUCUUCGCCGGCACCGACACCUCUCAGCAGACUUUCCAAUGGAUGCUAUUGUUUAUCGCUUACUAUCCGGCGGUUCAGCGCCGGCUCAGGGCUGAGGUCGAGGCAGAGGUGGGCGCAGACCGUAUGCCCAGACAUGAGGACCGCAAUCGAUGCCAUUAUUGUAUGGCAUUCAUAGCCGAGGCGUUGCGAUACCGUAAUGUCGCGCCGUUUGGCGUCGGACACAAUACGGUGUGCAGGACUACCAUAGAUAAGUAUACGAUACCGGAAAACACGGGUAUUUUGGUAUAUCAGGGAUAUAUUAUGCGCAACGAAAAGGAGUGGGAGAGGGCUAAUGAU